AUGUUCACCGGCAUCGUUUCGAGCUUCAAAAUGGUUAGAACGAUCCAAAUGGAAAUGGUUGAUCUAUGGAGAGUUUGUGUAUAUUCGUCUGAGACAGGUUUAUGGACUAUCAAGAAACUUUUCUCCACCCGAGCCGUCGGCAACUAUGGUUUUGAUUCUCUCAACGGGGUUCUUUAUAUGUGGGAUAGGUUUAUAGCUCAUGACUUUUAUGGCCCUGAAGCAGAUGAUCAAUGCCAGAUUAUACCUCUUCCUGGCAUGGAUAACAAAAAAGCUCGGAGAUGCUUGACUACUUCAGGAGAAGAUGUUAUCUUCAUCGAAGCUAUAUAUCGAAGAUUGAGUGUAUGGAGGCUGAAUAACGAAGAUAUCAGUGAAAGGUGGCAGCUGAUUUGGGAAAUUAACAAGCCGUCUGUUUUAUCUGAUGUCAACUGUUUCCCACUGGCAAUGAAUCCGUUUGAUUCUGGUAUUGACUAUCUGUGGUUACGUCAAGACCGUUGUUUGGCAUCUGGUAACUUGCGGACAGAAGAGUUUAUUGUUCAUCAAGAAUCAGAUGAUAGGAGUAGUUGUGAAGGUGAUUGUUGUCGCAUAAACAAUUCAGAUACUGCAGGGUACCUGGAAGAGUUUUGCAAUGGAGUCGUCAUGUUAUCCCAGUUUGUGCUCCCACGUUGGAUGGACUCCGUACCCCAACCGCCAACUUGAUUAACUUUUCAAUUUGACGACAAAAAAAUAAAGCUUUUUCCUCGGUGUUUAUGUAUUCAGCAUGCAUUAGCAUGAGCUGUGCA